GUGUCUAGAGCGCAUGCGCAGGGAUAGGAGCGCGGCAGGUUGUGUGUAUAAUGAAGGAUGUGCAGUUUAGAGCUUCAUAAUUUACAUGUUCAUGAAAAUUAAUCCCGACCAACCUGCUGAUCUAGUUUAUUAAAUAAUCCGGAUAAGAGACGGUUCAGACAUGUAAAAACCGAAAGCACCAGAAACCAUCAGGAUCCGGGCUGCAUCAGUGACGCUAGCAGCGGUUUAGGAAAUGCACGAAGCAGACCUGGACGGCGCAGUCACUGCCUAUAUGGCUGAAGUGAACCGCGCUCACUACGAGCUGGACUACACCGAGGAAAUCAACCAGCAGAUGAGAAUCCCAGAGAGGCUGAAAGUCGGAGCGGAGUCGCCCAUGGACCAACUUCUAUCGUUCCCCGAGGAAUCCCACUGCACCAUGAUGCAGGUUCCCGACAGGAUCGUAGUAGCAGGAGACGAAAACGAUCCUCACUUCAGGCCACGAGAGCUCGAUCUGAUCCAGUCCAUCCCGGUGGAGAGUGUGGAGUUGAAGGCUCCUCCUCAUGUCCUCACGCUCCAAGACCAGCCUCUGGACUUCCUGGAGACUGAGCAGCUCCCAGGACCCUCUCAGAAUCGCCCUCGCACAAGAUCCCGGCGUGAACGAUGCUUCAGCGAGACCUCGAGAGCGCAUCACAACGGCCAGGUCGCCAAAUACGACACCGUGAGCCUGUCUCCCAGAGCUCCCAUCCGCGUUUGUCCCCCUCUCGUGUCCCCCGAGGACUGGCCGAGAAUGGGCACGGUGGGAGGAGUCAUCUCCUACAUCCAGCUCACCACACGCCGGGCCUACGAGAACGUCCUGGCCAUGCUGGACGACUCGCACCGCAGGACUGCACUUGUGACACAAGACACUAGUUUGGAAGGUGCUCCUGAUGACCUGGUGUUAGGCAACGCCCCGGCACUGAGGCGGCAGAUUGUGAAACUGAACCGUAGACUGCAGGUUCUGGAGCAGGAGAACAAAGAGCGAGCCAGGCGUGAGAUGGUGGUGUACUCCCUCAGCGUCGCCCUCUGGCUGGUGAACACGUGGAUGUGGGUACGCCGCUGAGCUCCGGAGCCGUCGCCUCUUUCCUCUCAUAAUCUCAGGCUGCAUUUAAUCAGACACUCACAUCUCUGUUUUGUGAAUGUAUACGUUCACGCAGAUGUUCUGCAUAAAGUCCAAACUCGGACCUGAUAGCAAAGUUAGCAUAAAAUUUAAAAAGAACAUUUCAGAUUAGCAUUUAACGAAAAAAAUAAACAACUAAAAAGAAUGAGAGGGCGCCAAUAGUUUUAAGUAAACAGAGUUUUAGUUAUAUGACUUUCAUGUACUCAAACUUGUAUAUAAUUGUUUGUGUACCAAAUGAAUCACUUCCUGAAGGUGAUUAGUGCCAACGAUUGUGUUCAAAACAGCAACGUGUUCACGACUGUGACAUCGUUCAUUGAAAAUAAACCACUUUGGGUUUUGUUCCUCUUAGACCACAUCUAACGAAACUAGUUUUUAUCCGUUUAUAAUUCUAACGUUGUUGAACGUCUGCGACCCAACCGGCGUCCUGUUCUUACUGACAUUGUAGCAGCUAUAAACGCUCUGUCCCUCUGUUCGAGACUGUAACGCUUCACCUCUGACUGUUACCAAACACAGACACUGGAGACUCCAAAAUGUUCAAUAAACAGCUCUUUACUGAAAA